GGUUGGUUACAUAAAUCUGUGCUAAGCUGGUCCUCUGAUUCAUUUGGAGAAGAGAUCAUCUCGCAAGUUAGAUUCUGUGGGUAUUACAGAUUUAAAUUUGUGUACAAAGUUUUUAAUACAGCGCAGGAGAAAUUGACUUAAUUCGAUUAUCACACCUUUUAAAAUUCUAUCGGAUAACACACACACCGGAAUAUUAGACCAAAGUAUUUACCAUGGGAAUUGAAUCGUACUCGUUCAACAUUUUGGAUUCCAUACUCCUACCUCCCCCCGGACAAAAUGGAGAAGAAGGCGAGCGAAAUAUGGGACAAAAGUUGGCCACUAAAGUCCUAUCGCGUCUGGGCUUCUACCCCAGCCUGUUGCACAACGUCAUCCUGGCGAGAACGUCAGAGAGGAAUUGGUAUGAUCGGAUUGACGAGAACGUGAUACUCGGUGCCCUUCCGUUCCGUGGAAUGGUGGAUGAACUCAAGAGUCAAGGCGUCACUGGGGUCGUCUCGCUCAAUAUGGAUUUCGAGUUGUGGAUGUUCUCGCAUGGGAAAGAGGGCUGGGAAAAAUUGCAGAUACCAUUUUUGCAGCUUGAAACCCUAGAUAAUUUCGAGGCCCCGAGUCAAUCAAAAUUAAAAGAGGGGGUCGACUUCAUUAUGAAAUCGAACGGUACAACUUACGUACAUUGUAAAGCUGGCAGGACGAGAAGUGCGACAUUAGUGGCGUGUUAUUUGAUGCAGAAAAACCACUGGACACCUUCCCAAGCGAUAAGCCACUUGACGGAGUGCAGACCUCAUGUCUUCUUGGGCCGAGCACAACUAAAAGCGAUCGACACCUACCACGAGAACAAUGUAUGUAGCAGCAAAACAGAAGAAAGCUCCCCUAUAAUUUCAGAAAGUUCGACGAAAACAUAAAAUGGCUAAAAUAUGCAUAAAUUUGUAAACUUUAUAAAUAUGUAUUUAUUUCUUAUUUAAGUAAAUAACGCAUGUACAUCACGAAGGAAAAUUAAACAAAUCGUUAUCCGAUCAGGAACUAA